AUGAUGAAAACACUGAGCCUGCUGGCCCUAGCGGCCACCGCGAAGCUAGUUUCCGCUCACGCCACCGUCCAGGCCGUCUGGAUCAACGACGCCGACCAAGGCACCGGCACUGCCAUCCGCUCACCACCCAACAACUCGCCCCUCGUGGACGUGACCUCCUCCGACAUGACCUGCAACGUCAACAACAAGGCCGUGGGCACGACCCUCAAGGUCAAGGCCGGCGACAAGUUCACCUUCGAAUGGCACCACGAAUCCCGCUCCGCCAGCGACCAAAUCAUCGACCCCUCGCACAACGGCCCCGUCCUCGUCUACAUCGCCCCCACCACCACCGGCACCGCCGGCAACGGCUGGGUCAAGCUCGCCGAAGACGGCUUCAGCAACGGCCAAUGGGCCGUCGAGCGCCUCCGCGCCGCCGCCGGCAAGCACAGCAUCACCAUCCCAGACAUCGCCGCCGUCACCUACCUGCUGCGCGCCGAGAUCAUCGCCCUGCACGAAGGCUACCGCGUCAACGGCGCCCAAUUCUACAUGGAGUGCGUGCAGAUCGAAGUCACCUCCUCCAGCGGCAGCACCACCAAGACCCUCCCCGCCGGCGUCGCCAUCCCCGGCGCCUACAGCGCGCAGGACCCCGGCAUUCUUUUUGAUCUGUACAACAGUUUCAGCAGCUACAAGGUCCCCGGCCCGGCUGUCUGGGACGGCGCGUCGUUGUCUUCCGGCGGCUCUGGCUCUUCGCCUGCACCUUCUUCCUCCUCGUCGUCAAAGCCCGUUGCGACUACUACUACUACGCCCACAGCACCGCCGACGGCCGUGCCCACAACGCUGCAGACCAGCGUGCGUCCCGCGACGACCAAGCAACCUGUACCCACAUCCUCUCUUCCUCCUCCUCCUUCGUCUUCCACGCCCACUGGCUCCGUCGCCGAGUGGCAGCAGUGCGGCGGCAUCAACUUCUCCGGCUCCGGCACCUGUGCGUCCGGCUUGACGUGCAAGCAGUGGAAUCCUUAUUACUUUCAGUGCAUCAAGGCCUGA